AUGAGCCCUCGCUCUCGGAGCUCGGCUGCCCGGCGCACCGCACCUGGUUGGAGGGCCAGCGCCGGGAGCUGCCGUGCGACGCCGAGGGGGACCCAGCGCCCACCACGCACUGCGCCCGCCACGGGGGACCCCCGGGGGGUGAGGAUGGCGGCACCGUCAGCCGCGGCGACGCCGGGCGUUACGUCUGCACAGCCACCAACCGGCACGGAUCGGCGCGGCGCAGCGUCGACGUCACCGUCGAGUUUUGGGGUUUGGGGAGGACCAGCAAAUUGGGAAACCGCUGGGUUUGGGGUCCCCCAAAACGACCGUUUUUUGUGGGGGACGCUUUGAGGCUGGAAGGGACAAGAAGCGAAAGCACUGGGACGUUUUGGGGUAAAAAAGGCCCCUUUUGGGGUUUCCCCCCCCGCGCAGACAGCCCCGCUGCCCUCACCCUCCGCGUGCUGCCGUCCCCCAACGUGAGCCACGGGGGGAGCUUCAGCGUGGAGUGCGGAGCCGAGGGGGUCCCGACCCCCACCUUUGGGUGGGCGCUGCCCCCUGCCCCCAACCUGCGCUUCGGGGCCGACAACCGGUCGGUGGAGGUGGAGAACGCGGCGGCCGUCAACCGCGGGCGCUACACCUGCGUGGCCGUCAACCGGCACGGCCGGCGCGUGGGCAGCGUGGUGGUGAGCGUGGAUGAGAGCCGGCUGUCCCUGCUGCUGUCCCUGUCCCUGCUGGGUUCCGUCACCGUGCUGGCAGCGGCCGCGUGGGGCAUUUAUUACAUGAAAAGCACCGCCUGUAAGAAGGGAGAGUACAACGUGCGCGACGCCGAGGGUUCCUCUGAGGCCUCCCGCCUACACCGGGGGGACAGCGGGGGACAACGGGAGCUGUUUGGGAUCCCUCUCACCCCCACCUGAGGGACCACAGCACCCGGGACCCCCGGAGCACGGGGAGGUGGGGGACAGCGUGGUGACACCCGGCCCGAGGGAUGGUGGUGGGUGUCACCGUGCUGUGCCUGUGGUGGUGGUGGCUGUCACCGCGUUGUUCGCAAGAAGCUGUGUUGGUUGUCGUCGUAUGUCCCCAAGAAAUGGUGUUGGUUGUCUCCAAGGAACGGUGUUGUUGGAUGUCUCCAAGAAACGGUGUUGGAUGUCACUGUGCUGUCACCAAGGAACAGUGUUGUUGGAUGUCCCCAAGGAACGGUGUUGGAUGUCUCCAAGGAACGGUGUUGGAUGUCACUGUGCUGUCACCAAGGAACAGUGUUGUUGGAUGUCUCCAAGGAACGGUGUUGGAUGUCUCCAAGAAAUGGUGUUGGAUGUCACUGUGCUGUCUCCAAGGAACGGUGUUGUUGGAUGUCCCCAAGGAACGGUGUUGUUGGAUGUCUCCAAGAAACGGUGUUGGAUGUCACUGUGCUGUCACCAAGGAACGGUGUUGGAUGUCUCCGAGAAACGGUGUUGGAUGUCCUCAAUUAACAGUGUUGGAUGUCACCAUAUUGUCCCCAAGGAACGGUGUUGGAUGUCCCCAAAGAACAGUGUUGGAUGUCACAUAAACCGUCCCCAAGGAACAGCCUUGGGUGUCACCAAACCGUCCCCAAGGAAUGGUGUUGUUGGAUGUCCCCAAGGAGCGGUGUUGGAUGUCACCAUACCGCCUCCAAGAAACUGUGUUGAUACCCCUAAGGAACGGUGUUGGAUGUCACCAAAUGUCCCCAAGGAACGCGGCGCUGGGUGUCACCGCUCCGUCCCCGUGCCUCGGUCUUGGAUUCAGCCCCAUUUUGUGGCCAAUGUCGUUUUUUAACCGCUUUGCUUUGCAUUUUAUGGAGGUUA